AUGGCAGAGCUUGACGAGUUCCAGAAACGGGUAAUCAUGUGGGUCCAAGGGGCGGUUAAGUGCUCAGACGGGUCCGUUAGGCAGUAUUCGCGGAAUUCGCGCAUCCACGGCGACGUGGUGGGGAGCGCGUAUGGCAAUGUUGCGUUGAUGGUGGGGGGCGCGAAAACGGGUAAGACCUCUACCUACCUCCUGGCACUCGCCGACCUCGUCAACGUGGAGCGAUACGGAUCGGAUGAAACGGGGCCGCAGAGGGACGAAUAUCGCAACAAAACCAUACUUAACAGGUCACUGAAACCGUGUAGGUCCCCAGCCAAGCCAGACGUGCCCAAGAUACGCGGACUGCCCAAGUUCGACUGGGACUCAUUGAUGGUGCCCUUGGCCAUAGUGCUGGUGCCAAGCAGGGAAAUCGGGUCGAAGAUAUUCGAAACGUGCUGCCAGAUGAACCUCAGGGCGAGGCUCUUUGCAGGCGGCUUGGGCUACAAAAAGCAGUCGUCCUUCACGGCCGGGCACGCAGCAACCGGGCGCAAGAAGCAAAGUGACAACGUGGACCUUAUAGUGUCCACGCCGGAGAUGCUGCUGCGGGUCAUACACGGCGUGUUCGAGGACGCGCGCAUCGACAUAAGGUACCUGCGCUUUCUGGUGAUGGAGGAGGCGGACAUACUCUGCGAGGGGUUCUACCUGGAACAGCUCAACGAGGUGCUAAACAUGAUACAUUCAACCGAGCUUCGCACGCUAUGCGUCACGGCAACGAAGACGGACGCUUUGAUGAACCACAUACUGCACGCGCACCUGGAUGGCGAUGCGGACGGGUUGGCGCGGGUCACAAUAGCGCACCCGGGGAGCCACACGGUGGCCAAGAACGUGCAACAGGUCUUCACGGCGAUUGCGCAAAGCGACCCCCUGGACCGACUCAUCGAAACCCUGGAGGAGCUCGACAUCAGGGCGCGGCGCGACGGCCGCCAGACCGUGGUCUACUGCAACACCGUCAAGUGCUGCAAGUUCCUGGAGCACGCGCUCAGGGAACGGGGGUACAACGCCGCGUCGCUGCACGGGGAGAUGGGGUACGAGCAGCGCAGCAAGAGCGUCAAGGAAUUCGGGACGCAAAGCAACAUCCUCGUGGCCACCAACGUCGCUAGCAGGGGCGCCCUCAGCUGCCACGUUGAUCACGUCAUAUCGUUCGACUUCCCAAGGAACGUCACCGAUUACCUACACAGAACGGCCGGAGUGGCGCACAACGGCACGGUCAACACCUUCUUCGCGAAGAAGCACCUGCCGGUGCUCAAGAACAUACAGCGGCUCAACACGCCCGAACAUCGCAUCGAGUACCGAAACGUGAGCGCUAGGGUGGCCAGGGUGCUACAGCUGCAGCUCGAGUGGGAUGCCAAGCUUGCGCUAAGGAACCGGAAACUGAAGAAGGGGGGCAGGAAGGCGCUCAAACUGCCGCCCAGGCGUAAUAUACUCUCACCGGUCAACAAGAAGGCGAUGAAGCGAUUCUACCUGAGGGAGAAGGCGGUGAAGAAGGUGCAGUUCCUGCAGAAGCGCGGGAUGCUACGCAAGGGGUACGGGCUGCCCAGGUGGCCGGACCGCGCAGUGGAGGCCAGCGACAGCCAGGAGUUCGUGCGAAUGCAGCGCUCCGCGGACGGAUUCCUACAGGUCAUACCGAAAAGACGCUCCAGGGUUCCACGGGUUUCACAGGAAGGCGCGUACGACGACGAUGCCGUGCCCAUAGAAGGCGCGCCCUCUUACGAGCAGGAGACAAGCGACAAGCCUCGCAAACACCACCGUAACAUCAAAUUCUAA